CGCUGAUGCGCUCCGGAGGAGAGGACGCGCGCUUCUCCGCAGUUCAGACGCACAAGGAACGGAAACCUCUCAGCUGGCACCGAACCUCCGUGGACCCCCUCUCCCCGCCUCAGUUCGGAUCGGAACCACGACCCAAAGAGUCCAGAUAAGUAGAGACGGAGCCUGGCCCCCUCUCAGACCAGUUCAGGUCCGGGUCUAAAGAGACAAAUCAGACUAAACUGUGCAGCUUUAGGAUUUGGACACACCGCCUGAUGACUGAGAUUAUUCUGGAUUAGGAAACUCUUGUUUCUGUGUUAGUUUUUCCCGUGAAGCCGAGCUGGAGGGACACUCUGGGAGCGUCUGGGAUGGGAAGAGACGCAGACUUUGUGGUCGGAGCUGAACGCGCCGGGAUGUAGUUCUGGUGGAUCCGGACUCAUGGACGUGAACUUUGCGAGGCAGCUUGGCUCACUUUCUGCUCCCUGAAGACUAAACAUGGGUUGAAAGCGGCCGUGGCAGAUGCGGGGACGCUCAACGUGGGAGGGAACCGAGUUUUCUGCGUUAUGUAAUUAUUGACAGCAGCUGAUCAUAAGUGGUACAUUCCAGGCAAACUCACCCAUCACCCUCACCCCCCCACCCCUGCGUCGGAGGAUUUAGCUCAGUAAAAUCACCUGUUAAAGGUGCAGGUGUUUACUUUUCCUAUUAAAAGAAACGGAGGAGUUAAUAUUGGCCCUUUGAACUUGACCUUUAACCUCCUCCCCCGUUGAUCUGAUCGAGUCUUAAAGCUCUGGGCCCAGUAAAGGGUUGACCAUGGCAUCUCUAAUGAGUUAUUUACUCCACGCUGAUGUCAAAAUGACUCCAACUACAAGAAACCAGACCGUCAACUCAGCCUCCAGCUUCUAUGUCAGCUUUGAUUUGUCUUCAUGGCUUUGUGGGUUUUUACUAGCCUCUAAGAUGCUGUAAUGCUGGGUUUUGCCUGCGUCCUUCGGGAUAUGUGGUUGUUUUGGAAUUCUGGCUCUCUUACUGUUUUACUUUUCCGUAGUCAAACGUAAGCAGAGACUUUGCUCAUCCCUCCCUCCCCCCAACUCAUCAGGGCUGGUGGGGAGGGUGGAUCUGACCCCACGGGGUCCAAACUGUAGUGGGCGGUGGUAAGACACCCUCCUGAGGAAGGGUUCCCACCAUGGAGUCCAGCCCAGAGAGCCCAAACCGGGCCGUGGAGUACCUCCUGGAGCUCAACAACAUCAUCGAGAGCCAGGCCAAACUCCUGGAGACGCAGCGCCGGCGCAUCGAGGAGCUGGAGGGCCAGCUGGACCGGGUCAGCCAGGAAAACCAGGACCUGAGGCAGGACCGCAGCCCGCGUGCCGCUGGAACAGAACCCCCAGAGCAGAACCACAACCACAGCCAGCCCCUGCCCCUCGCCGUUCAUCAAGGCGGCAGUGCCGGUGGCAGCAGCAGCGGUGGGAAUGCCGGCAGCUCGACAUCUCAGGUGACAGCUGGUUCGGCCACUGCUCCAGGAUCCAGCAGGGAGAGGAAGAGUCAUGCCAGGCUGACCCGAGGACUCUCCUGUGGCUCUUCCAACAUGGAUCGAGUCCGACUGGAGCGCACAGACAGCACGGACGCCAACACCAGUUCCACGUUACGCAGAAAUGUGGAAGGGGAAGCCCAGUGUCCAGAGCCAGGCGCCCACAAAGACGGCUCAUUCAGUCAGACGCCUUACCUUCACGGCUCAGAGCGUUUCAGUGACAGCAGCAGCGCGGCCCCCUCCACCUCCAGGGGCCCGUCGAGCGUGGUGGUCUCCAGCCCGGCCAGCCUGGCCUGGGUGCUGCGAACGCGCCACCAACCAGCGAGCUUAGCCCUUCGGAAGCAAGAAGAGGAGGAGAACAAGAGGUGCAAGGGCCUGUCUGACAGCUAUGAACUCUCCACAGACCUGCAGGAUAAAAAGGUGGAGAUGUUGGAGAGGAAGUACGGAGGCUCCUUUGUAAGUCGUCGGGCAGCAAAGACCAUUCAGACCGCCUUCAGACAGUACCGCAUGAAUAAAAACUUUGAGCGUCUCCGGAGCUCGGCCUCAGAGAGUCGUAUGACGCGUCGCAUCAUCCUUUCCAAUAUGAGGCUGCAGUAUUCUUUUGAUGAGCGGCAGCCCCAGCAGCAGGCCCAGACACAAACCAACUUCACCCACAGUGUUGCUAUAGGUCCUCCUCAUUCCCCUGAUCCAGACCGCCCAGCAGACUACACCCACCUGGAGGACUCCUUCUCCAAACAGGUCAAGUCCCUCGCCGACUCCAUCGACGAUGCCCUCACCUGCCGCGCCGGUCGCGAUGACUCCCAGGAGGGCAGCAGGGAGGGUGGAGGGAUCAGCGAAGACUUUGGGGAGUGCAUGUGGAGCAGCAGCAGCAACCCGUCCUCCUCCCAAAGAGGUUUGGGAGAAAGAGGUCGGGGAGUCGGAGGAGGGCUGAGUAUGCACGGUGACAGUACAGCCACCUCUUACAGUGACGUCACCCUUUACAUGGAUGAUGGGAUGCCCUCCUCUCCGCUGUCCCUUGACCGGGCCCCCAGCAGCACAGAUACUGAGUACUGGGGGCCCGGUGGUGGUGUUGGAGGGCGCGAGGACAGCAGGGACACAGAGGGAGGAGGUAGCAGUAACAGUCGGCGCAGCACGCCAUGCACAGAGUGCAGAGACUACCGUCUGAGGGGAGCUCACCUGCCCCUUCUCACUAUCGAGCCACCUAGUGACAGCUCAGUGGACAUGAGUGAUCGUUCAGAUCGGGGUUCCCUGAGCAGGCAGUUGGUCUAUGAGCAGGAACCUGGAGUAAGCUCAAGCUCGCCUCAGGGAACCCUCAAACACUCCCCCAACUCAGGCACCCACUCCCCCUCCACAGCCGCUGCUCAGGGUCAGACCAGGCCAACGGGAAGACCCAUACCUACACACAUCCCGCACCAGGUGGCAGCCCACCACCACCAUCACCACCACCCCAUCCACCACCACCAGUACCCUGACACGCCUUCAUCCUCCUCCUCCCCACAGCAGCCUCCCACUACCCCCCUGUCCUCCUCCUCCUCCACCGCUCUGCCUCCAGGAGGUCUGGAGCAGCCGUGCUGCUCUGACGGAGACAACGACUCGCUCAACUCCACAACCAACUCCAACGAGACAGUCAACUGCAGCUCGGGCUCUUCAUCUCAGGACAGCCUGCAGGAACCGCUGCCUCCUCUGGGGAAACAGACGUACCAGAGGGAGAGCCGCCACAGCUGGGACUCUCCACCCUUCAACAGCGAUGUGGUGCAGAGACGCCAGUACCGCAUCGGUCUCAACCUCUUCAACAAAAAACCAGAGAAAGGCAUCCAGUACCUGAUAGAAAGAGGGUUUGUAUCAGACACUCCUGUCGGGAUUGCUCGCUUCCUCCUGGAGAGAAAAGGCCUCAGCAGGCAGAUGAUUGGAGAGUUUCUGGGAAACCGACAGAAACAAUUCAACAAAGAUGUUUUAGAUUGUGUUGUGGAUGAGAUGGACUUCUCAGGCAUGGACCUUGACGACGCUCUGAGGAAAUUUCAGGCCCAAAUCAAAGUUCAGGGAGAGGCCCAGAAAGUGGAGCGGCUCAUCGAGGCGUUCAGUCAAAGGUAUUGUGUGUGUAAUCCCACCCUGGUUCGGCAGUUCCAGAACCCGGACACCAUCUUCAUCUUGGCCUUUGCCAUAAUCCUCCUCAACACAGAUAUGUACAGUCCCAACAUCAAAGCCGAGAGGAAGAUGAAGCUGGAUGAUUUCAUCAAGAACUUGAGAGGUGUAGACAAUGGUCAGGAGAUACCCAGAGACCUGUUGGUUGGGAUCUACCAGCGAAUACAGAAAUGGGAGUUGCGCACCAAUGAUGACCACGUCUCUCAAGUGCAGGCAGUGGAGAGGGUCAUUGUAGGCAAGAAGCCUGUGCUGUCUCUUCCCCAUCGAAGGCUGGUGUGUUGCUGCCAGCUCUACGAGGUUCCCGACCCCAACAGACCUCAGCGGACCGGAGUACACCAACGAGAGGUCUUUCUCUUCAAUGACCUGCUGGUGGUCACCAAAAUCUUCCAGAAGAAGAAAACCUCUGUGACUUAUAGUUUCAGACAAUCGUUCCCUUUGGUUGACAUGCAGGUCCACAUGUUCCAGAACUCAUACUACCCUCAUGGCAUUCGCCUGACCUCAGCCAGCCUGGGCGGAGAGAGGAAGGUUCUUAUCGUCUUUAUGGCGCCCAGUCAGCAAGACCGCACCCGCUUUGUUAGCGACCUCAGGGAGAGUAUUGCUGAAGUGCAAGAGAUGGAGAAAUACAGAGUUGAAUCGGAGUUGGAGAAGCAGAAAGGUGUGAUGCGGCCCAGCUUGCUAGCAGGAAGUGUGGUUGGAGGAGGUGUAGGUGUGAAGAGCGAUGUUGUGAACGGCACCUUGGGAAGGACGAGUUUUGAUGACAACUGCUCCGUGGGUGAGGGUCUCAAACGCACAGCGCUCAGCUCAUCUCUCAGGGACCUGUCGGACACAGGGAAGCGUGGUCGCAGGAACAGUGUCGGUUCCCUGGACAGUACUAUGGAAGGCUCCAUCAUUAGCAGCCCUCAGCCUCACCAGCGCUACCCAAUGCCAGGCGUUCUCCCUGGCUGCUAUGGAACAGAAGAUUUCCGGCCUCAACGCCCCAUCCUGAGCCCCGGGACGGGGGUGGGGGGUGGGCCGGGGCAGCAACAUACCACUGCUGGGACAGGAGUUGGGGGAGUCGCCAGCAGUGCCGAGAGAGCAGGAGCGGGGAGCGGACCUGGGGGGAGCAACAGCAGCAACAACAGCGUCUCCUUCCUGGGCUCGCUAUUCGGCAGCAAACGCGCCAAACCACCAGGGCCCCUUAUACCACCGGGGCCACCCUACCCCGCACCUGUACCCCCACCGACUACGGGAGGACCCCCUCCUCACUCCCCUUCAUCUCUAUGCCAGCUGGAUGGGGGGGCUUCCAAGAUCCAGGCACUACACGCACAGUACUGUCACGUGGGCACCGUACAGCCCCCACCACCUUACUACCAUCACCAUCGCUUCCACGUCCAAGCCGUCCCUCCACCUUUACAAGGCCUGCCCCCUCAUACUUCACAGAGAGGCCCACUACCCUGUCGUCUGCCGCUCGGUCCACUUCACGCCCAGCACCCGCAGCUGGCCCAUCUCUCCCAGCUUUCCCAGCAUGGCCUCCAGGGUCGAUACACCAACAUGGUGGUAGGAUGUCCCCCACCCCUUUCUCCUCUCUCCCAACAUUCCCAGAGCCCACAGUUUGCCCUCUACCACGGGCAGCUUACACACUCUGCCAGAGGGGGCAGCGGCCCUGGUACAAAACUCCCACUUACCCUGUCUCUGUCCCACCCCCACGCACACUCCCAAACCCACCCCAGGCAUGCCCAAACACCACACCCAACCAGCCAUUCUACUCAUCAAACACACUUUAUAUUCGGCACACUGCCCCACAACCUGCCGUCGGCCUCCGUCAAUGCACAUCACGCAGCGCCCGCCGCCCCGUAUCUGCCCCAGUACCCUCCUCUCUCCUCUAUCCCCCCUCCCCCACCACACUCCCCUUUACCCCCCCCUUCGUCCCCCCUUACCCCUCUUACACCUCUCUCCCCUCACCCCCCCCAGCACCCCGCGCAGCCUCAGCAGGGGCCGCCGGUGACGGGUGGAGUCGGAGCGACAGGUACAGGGGGCAGCUCCAAGUCCAAGCCUAUCAACCGGAUAAGUACCGUGGUGUGAGCCGGACAUGGAGCUCCAGAGUUCAGAGGGCAGACGACAGAUGUGAGGAGGUGGGCAGAUAUCGGGCCAGAAGCAAGUCCGCCAGGACUGAAAGUAACAGCAGCAGCGCUGGUGACAAGAGGAAACGCAGGCUGCUCCGCCUUUGUUACUUUCACCUCCGCUUCCCACAUAUGUAGGUGGAGGCGGCGAGCACGGCUAGAGGCAAACGGCGUGGGCAAUCAAUUCCCCUCCGGGAUUAAUAAAGUAUUUUUGAAUUGAAUGUGCAUUCUCAGUACAGAAACACACACACUACAUCUCAUGAACACACACUACCUUUUACCACACACAAUCAAAAGAGUCUAUAGCCAUAUGAUUUAAAUGAAAACUAAAUAUUUGAGUAUAUUGCCUCAGUUUGAACUGUUUAAACUAGAUGUGUGUGUGUAUAAAGCUAUUUACAUGUGCAGAUCAUGCUGAUGGAGAGCUUAUGUGUCUACAGGUUUAUGGAGGGUUUGUAGAAUGACACCAACCAGCCAACAGAAGAAAGUUGCAAAGGUUUUUAAAAACGUCCCUUGAAUUUGCAAUAAUCCCACUUGGCUUUGUGACGUCUCUGGCCAUGGCAAACUUCUUUUUUAAAGGAAAUCUCAGUGAUCUCGCUCUCGCUAGAACCAGUGCACGUUUUCUGACAAUCUGCUGCCCAAAUGGCCUCUCGCACACGCAAAGGAGUCACCUAGCUUUUUGCGGCUGUGCUCUCUGUGUGGCCAGUGGAAACCGACGAUACAAACAACACAUUUUGAAUGUUUCUGAAGCCUUUUGCUGUUUUUAUUGAUAUUAUAAAAUACCCGCUAUACCUGAGUAUUAUUAAUAUUGUCCAAUACUUGUUUUGAUCAGUGAUUAAUGAUAUCAGCAGAUGUUUGUAUGUUGGUCAUAGGAAGUAUUUGCACAUGAUGAUUCUCUGUCUGCCAUGCACACUGAAGGGUGUGUGGAGUGUGCCAUAGUUUUUCUUUUGCUUCUUAAUGAUUAGUAUUCAGGAGUAAUAAAAACAACCAUUUUUAUUUUUGAUCAGACGCUAAUGUGCUUCUAUGGUUUUUAGAUCAGACACAACACAGCCAACAAAACUUGAAAUGAGAGAUUUUUAGAAUCUGAGUCUCCUGGCUCUGAAAAGACCAACAGUCAGAUUUAAUAGUUGCGGCUCUUUUCUGCGUUUUUGCCGAGGCACGGUUUCACGUGAGGUUUUGUGGUUUUGCACAUGUGAUGUCUUAAUUCAGAAAUGGCCUUCUCUUAACCCUCCCCGUCCUUGAAGAAAUAUCUCCUCACAUUUCACGAUGCCUCAGCAUCUUGCUGAGUGCUUCUUUUUUUAUUAGAAAAUAUUACAAGAACCGAGAAUGUAAAAUAGCCUUCGGAUGCGUACCGUAUUUCAUGUUUGUGUAAGUGUUAACCCUUUUUUGCUACUGCAGUUUUAAAAGUUCAAACUAAACACCGAUGUAGUGGACGACCAGGAGAAAACCUCAAACAUCUGGAUCCAGGAGAGAACAGAGAGAAGAGACUAAAUGAAGACUGAAUUAGCUGCUGAGCAAAAAGGCCAAAAUGACCGCAAAUUUGGGAUUUAAUGAAAGAGAUUUCACAAAGGCAUGGAGAGAGUUGAGAGUGAUCAUUGUUAACGUUAUCCUUGGCUAUUCUUUUCUUUUCUCGUGUUCUUUUAACUCUUCUUGCAUGAAUAUAUCUGCUCUUAUUAAAUAAAUUGUACUGUAUAAACAUGAAUGUACAUAUUAAAUUAUACAUAAGCUUCUUCUAAUCAUGGGAAGAACCACUCCCAUCCUGUAUUCAGGUGCGUGCAUGUGAGUGCCACUAUAUGCACAGACCAACAUGGACAGGGACAAAAGGAACGUCCACCUCUUUUCUUUCUUUUCUUAUCGUUUCAUACUGAUGUGUGAGAGCGGCUACAGCGAUGUAAAAGCAUAUGUAUCAGUGCACUUAUUGAUAUUAUUUUCAUCAUGAUUUCAGAUUUUCUGUGUAUUAUGUGUACCGAAAGAAUAGAGAAAUGAGAUGUGAAUAUUUAUUGCUUCUGAUAAAUUAAAGUGUCCUUGCAGUGGU